GGAAAAGAACAUUGGACUUGAUUUUGUUCACUUAACAGAAAUAUAAAUAAAUGGGCUUAGAGUUGGGGAUAUCAUCCAGUCCCUACCUUAAUGUUUAUUUCAAAUGGUAAGGAACCUCAAUGAGCUUUAAGAAAAUUCCAAGUUUUCCAAGAAUACAACUUGAUAACUACCUCAGGAAUAGACUACAUUAGGUAGACUUAGAGCUUAAAGUCAACAUGUUCUCAAAUUUUAUUAGUUUUAACUUUGCAUCUUAAGACAUCUUCCCACAAAUUAUUCAUGAUUGUGUGUGUGUGUGUACAUGUGUGCAUGUAAAAGGGAGCCAAACUUUUAAUCAAAACCUUAAUUGAAUGAAAUGAGAGUUGAAAAUAGAAAUGUUUAAUAUCAUCUAAGCUAAGCCAUAAUUUGCCUUAUAUCUUUAUAUAUAUUUGUAUAUACAUUUGUUUUAUAGAUGAGUAAAUAAAAAUGGAGAAUCAAACUGAUUCAUUCGUCUUCCUUUUCCUUGGACUUUCAGGUGAUCCUCAACUACAGAUUUUCCUUUUCUUGAUCUUUUCAAUAUUUUUUCUAAUUACACUGUUAGGAAACAUCACAAUAAUUUUGAUCAUUAGAAUGGAUCCUUCUCUCUCCACACCCAUGUAUUAUUUCCUCACCCAUUUGUCCUUUGUUGAUAUCUGUUACUCUACUGAUAUUGUCCCUAAGAUGUUAACGAACUUUCUUAUGAAACAAAAGACAAUUUCCUUCACUGGUUGUAUUAGCCAAAUGUUUUUCAGUUUUCUACUAAGUGUUACAGAUGUUUUUCUACUUUCAGCAAUGGCAUAUGACAGAUACAUUGCUGUUUGUUACCCACUUCAUUAUAUAAUGAUCAUGAAUAAAGUAAUAUGUACUUACCUGGUUACAGGAGCAUGGCUAAUGGGUUUAUUAUCUGCAACUAUAAACACAUUUCCCAUAUUUGGCUUAAAGUUUUGUGGCCUUCGAGAAAUUAAUCACUUCAGAUGUGAACUUCCAUCACUAUUGAAAGUAUCUUGUUCUGAUACUUUUCUUAAUAAUGAGAUUCUUUUAUUUUCUGUAUUGGUUUUUGGACUUGGUUCCUUCUUACCAACUUUGAUCUCCUACAUUCACAUCAUGACUAGCAUCAUGAAGAUCCAUUCUGCAGAGAGCAGAAGAAAAACUUUCUCCACCUGUAGCUCUCAUCUCACUGUGUUGGGUUUGCUAUACAUCACUGGAAUGUCUCAGUACAUGAAACCUAGCAGUGUAUCUUCCAUUACACUGGAUGAGCUUUUCUCUAUUCAGUACAGCAUUUUGACCCCCAUGCUGAACCCAAUUAUCUAUAGUCUGAAAAAUGAGGAAGUGAAGAAGGCACUUAGAAGAAUAUUUACAAAAAAGCAAAUGCUAGAUUAUCCUUAAAAUGCAUAGCUCAAAAAGUGAAUUUCUCUUUCUCUGGCUCUUUUCUGCUCCAUUCUUCUCCUGAACAAGCAACCCUGAAAUUUCUUCUCAUUGCAUGGGGACUCUAUCAUAUUGAAAAAUUUUGUCCUUUCUUAAUUUCUAUUUGUUAAUACAUUGUACUUUAUUUAACUUGUAUUAUUUUAUACAAUACAAAUUAUUAAAAUAAUAGCAAAUUUCAGUUUUUAACCACAGUAAUUAACAACUCAAAAUCACUAGGAUAUAAUAACUUGGAUUGAAGCAGAUACUCAUCUUGCUGUUAUAAACAAAAUUUUUUAUGACAAUUUCAAAGUUUACUUACACAUUUACUAUAGAAAAGGUGCUUAGACAAUGUGUUUUUGAGAAUAUUGACCUUGAAUGACUUUAAAUUAAACUUUGAUAUAGAGAAGUUAUGUUCCGCACCAGUGACUGAGAAUUGAUAACAUUCAAUAUAAUAUGACAGCUGUAGAAGUAUUCAGAAAUGUGUCUAGUGUAUUAUUGCUGUGAAAAUAUUGUACUGCUUGAACAGAAGUCAGGACAGCUUUUAGAGAACAAAUUAAAGCUUAGAGUUCCUCAUGCAUCAAUGUACCAUCAACAUCACAACAUCAUCAACUUGUGAAUUUUCUAUCAAUUUCAAUUGUAAAUGUUUACAUAUCUGCAGUAAUUCACAUUCAUUCCAACUCUAAAUAUUCCACGUGAUCUAGGAUACUGAAAAAGCUAUAUCAAUAUAAUAUUAUAAAUCAGGGGUCCCCAACCCCCUGUACGUAGACUAGUACCGGGCCGCAGCAUGCCAGCAACCAUCCACACAAAUAAGCAAAGCCCCAUCUGUAAGAUGCAGGCAACACACAAAACCACGCACCCUUUGGUCCGCAGAAAAACCUCUUUCCACAGAACCGGUCUCUUGUGCCCAAAAGGUUGGGGACCUCUGUCAUAAACCUUUAUUUUAAGAAUAGUGCUGUUGCAUCUAAUAUAGACAAAGUUAUUUUGAAAUUUAUUUUUAGAUCACAGAUGAGAUUUGUAGUCAAAAUAAAUCUUCCUUCUUUUUCUGCUGCUUUUAUUUGCGAGAAUUUGGUGUCAAUGAGAAAAGAUUCUGCAAUUUCUUUGGUAAAAUGAUCUUUUUAGCCUUUUUUCUUUUUCUUUAAAAAUAUGUUUCAUAGUUCGAAACAUAUUUUUAAUAAAUGUGUUUCAAUGUUCUCUAAUUUUUAUUGAGCCUAAAAUUUCAUUUUAUGAUUUUUGUAUAAUAUAAAAGAAUUUUGUGGUUCCAAAAUUGUGGAAUGUCUCAGUAUAUGAAACCUAGCAGUAUAUCUUCCAUUACACUGGAUGAGCUUUUCUCUAUUCAGUACAGCAUUUUGACCCCCAUGCUGAAUCCAAUUAUCUAUAGUCUGAAAAAUGAGGAAGUGAAGAAAGCACUUAGAAAAAUAUUUACAAAAAAGCAAAUGCUAGAUCAGUGGUUCUCAAACUUCCUAAUGCUGAGACCCUUUAA